GGCUGGGUUCCAUCCAGAAAGCCUCUGGCUAAGGAGGGAACCCGCGGCCUCCUGGCCUGCGCUGGUCUUGCUUCCAGAUCUGGGGAAGCCCGGCGGCGAGCCGUGACGCUCCUUGUCGCUGAGCACCGGGCACCGCCCGCCGUCCCUCUGGCUUUCGGCCUGGGUCGGCUUCGGCCUACAGCCACUGCUCGCCAGCCGUGAGCAUCCGUGCCUGGCGCCCAGAGCAGCUCGGAGGUGGCCCCAGGGACAUCUCCGAGGGGAUCUUCGAGACGCAGCUGCCCAGGUGCGAGAACAAAGACGGGACUUAAAAUCCAGCCAGGAUGCUUUCAAAAAACAGCGUCUCCAUCAUCGGUUUAGUUAGCCAGUGUCUCGUGGUGAGCAUGAGCCUACAGUGUGGAUUAUUCUCUGCUUUUAAUGAGGAACCUUGCACUGUAAACCUGGCAUUACGCAAUUUCCGACUAAUUUUAUCAUGGGAACUGAGGAACAAAUCCACCCCGCCGACUCAGUACACAGUGUUGUACACGGUCAUGAGCAAAAACGAAACAUCAAAGGUUGUUAAGAACUGUGCAAAUAUCACGGAGUCGUCAUGUGAUGUGACCGGCCAGUGGAAUGACACCAUUGAGAACUAUGUCCCCAUCAUCUUAGUGUAUAGAAGGGACUCGAUGGCAAACUGUUGUGCAGGCUCUGUCCUGCUCACAGACGCUGUUGUUGAGCCACCAGACUUUGAGAUUGUUGGCUUUAUGGACCACAUAGAAGUAAUAGUGAAAUUUCCACCUGUCAUUCCCAAGAUAUACGAGGAAACCUUACGGGAGAUCCUAAGUUAUACACAGCUUGUCAUCAAGGAACAGACGGGGAAUAGCAUCAAGAUGCACGAGCCCAAAAUGACUAAUGUCUAUGGGAACUUCACCUACGUCCUUACAGACUUGCUGCCAAAGACAAACUACUGUGUCUCUGUUUAUUUUGACAAGUUAGGCCUGGAAACCGAAAUAAAGGCUCCCUUAAAAUGCACCCUCUUUCAGCCUGACAAGGAAUCAGGAUCGUCAGAAUUUGCCAAAGUAGGAGUAAUUACUGGGUGCUUGAUAGUGGUGGUUUUCAUAGGCACUAUCAUAGUACUGAAACGGAUUGGUUAUAUUUGCUUAAGAAACAAUUUCCCCAAUGUCUUGAAGUUCCGUUACUUUUUAGCCUGGGUAGUCCUCGAACUGCCACCGUCAGAAGCAGUCAGCCGGUUGGAGGUCAUCCCCACGAACAAAAAGAAGAAACUGUGGAAUUACGAGUAUGGAGAUGAAAGUGGCAGUGAUGACGAAGAAGUCCCCAAAGCGAGUGCCACUGGUUACACCAUGCAUGGACUGAUGAGCAAGCUUCAGCAGCAGGCCUCUGACUCCCCAGGCAAUCCCGGGGAGCCCCAGCUAGAAGAAGAUUCAGGUGCCGAGGAGUGUGAUGAAGCUGAGGCGGGGGCUGGAGCUGAGCCCGAACUGCUCACAGAGGCCGAGUUGGGGCCGUGCCUCAGUCCCUCAGAAGCCCCGAGUGACCCCUAUGAGAGGAGAGGGUGUGUGCGUGAGGACUCCUUCCCCGGGGAAGACAGCAGCUCCAUGGAUGGGCCUGAGGACACCGCUAUCUUCAACGUGGACUUAAACUCUGUGUUUUUGAGAGUUCUCCACGAUGACGCUGAAGACACCUCAGAGCUAUUAUCUCUCACAGAAGAUACAGUCCUCCCAGACGAGGGUCCCCACAGGACAGAGUCAGGGCUUCUGAUGGCUGGUGGGGACCGGACACAGCUGCCCCAUCCCAGCCUCUCUUCCCAGGGUCUAUGGACGGAAGAUGGGUCAUCUGAAAGGACUGACACUUCAGAUUCCGAUGCUGACGUAGGAGAUGGUUAUAUUAUGAGAUGACUCUAGAAGGGGUUCAUUGACUGGAGGGGUUCAUGGGUGGAACCAGCCUACAAGGUUCUCAUCACAGCCUGAUUCCAUGGCGCCAGGUGUCUGUGAGGGAGG